UCCAGUGUCAUCACACCAAUUUUGGAGAAAUAUUACCUCUCGCCAAUGUAUGGUCUGGAAUUUGCCCUUGGCUUCAUCGGAAACCUAGUGGUGGUUCUGGGCUAUAUCUUUUGCCUCCCUGCUUGGAAGUCCACUAAUGUGUACCUGUUUAACCUGUCUUUAUCUGACCUCAUCUUCUUCUGCACUUUACCUGAGCUGUCCUACAACUACACUUACAACCUAAAGAGAUUCAAUUCUGCACUAUGCAUGAUUAAUCGCUACAUCCUCAACGUGAACAUGUACUCCAGCAUUCUUUUCAUGAUGUGGGUAAGUGUGGACCGGUACUUGUUGCUGUGUCACCCACAGCGAGAACACGUCCUGUUGACUCUUAAGGCUUCACUGUGCAUCACAGUCUUGAACUGGAUCUGGGUGACUGUUCAAAUCGCUCCUCUCAUUGUCUUUAUUAUCCAGGACUUGGAUCAAAAUGGCUGGACAGUGUGUCGUGAUUUUGGGAGCCUGGGAGUUCCCAAAGUUAUUUUGAUCUACAGCAUAGUUCUCACCAUAACUGGAUAUGUGAUGCCACUGACGGCUUUGUUUCAGGCAUCGAACAGGAUGGUUUCUGUACUCGUGAAAAGAGAGGAAUUGCGUGGGAAGUCCUUCCAAAGGCCAGUAAGAAUUGUGCGGAUUGCAACAAUCUUGUUUCUAGUGCUCUACACACCCAUCCAUGUAAUGAGGAUUAUGCGUUUUGCAUCACGGCUUCCUGAUUUAAAUUUGUCACGGUGCGCCGUAGACUACAUCAAUUCGGUUUACAUAGUGUCAAGGCCAAUUGCUUAUUUUCACAGUGUCAUCAACCCUGUGUUUUACUUCCUCAUGACAGAUAGCUUUAAAGAAGCACUGCAGGACAAGUGGAAGCAGAUUAAAAGGGUGAUAACGAAUGCAUUAUAA